GGCGUGGGUGGGCGCGGCGUGGGCGCGCCGGGCGCUCACCAUGUCCGCGAAGCGGAAGCGGAAGCGAGUGGUACUGACCAUUAAGGAUAAACUGGACAUAAUCAAGAAGCUGGAAGACGGAGGCUCCUCCAAGCAGUUGGCCGUGACUUACGGCAUCGGGGAAACCACAGUUAGGGACAUUCGGAAGAACAAGGAAAAGAUCAUAACGUACGCCAGCAGCUCGGACUCCACAAGCCUGCUGGCCAAGCGGAAGUCCAUGAAGCCGUCCAUGUACGAGGAACUGGACAGAGCGAUGCUCGAGUGGUUCAACCAGCAGCGAGCCAGAGGGAACCCCGUGUCCGGGCCGGCGUGUGCCAAGCGCGCAGAGUUCUUUUUCUACGCCCUGGGAAUGGACGGCGACUUUAACCCUUCCGCUGGCUGGUUAACCCGCUUUAAGCAGCGGCACAGCAUCAGGGAGAUUAACAUCAGAAACGAAAGGCGGAAGGGAGACGAGGCUGCCCUGGAAGACUUCUGUGAGGGGUUCAGAGCUUUCAUCGCGCGGGAGGAUUUGCAGCCGGAACAGAUCUACAAUGCGGACGAGACUGGGCUGUUCUGGAAGAGCUUCCCUUCCAGGACCGCGGGAGCUAAGGGAAAACGCGCUGCCCCUGGGCACAACGCACUUGAAGAAAGAGUCACUGUUAUGUGUUGUACCAACGCAACAGGCUCACACAAACUUAAACUUUGCGUUGUGGGCAAAGCAAAGAAACCUCGCUCCUUCGAGUCGACCGACACCUUAAACCUGCCAGUCUCGUAUUUCAGCCAGAAAGGUGCAUGGAUGGAUCUCUCCAUUUUCCGGCAAUGGUUCGACAAGAUUUUUGUGCCUCAGGUUCGAGAGUACUUAAGAUCUAAAGGCUUGCAGGAAAAAGCCGUGCUCUUGCUGGAUAAUUCCCCAACACAUCCAAAUGAAAAUGUCCUGAGGUCAGAUGAUGGCCAGAUAUUUGCAAAAUGUUUACCACCUAAUGUAGCCUCAUCGAUUCAGCCUUUGGGUCAGGGCAUCAUAGCAACUAUGAAAAGGAACUACCGCGCAGGUCUUCUCCAGAACAAUUUGGAAGAAGGUAAUGACCUGAAAUCAUUCUGGAAGAAGCUGACUCUGUUGGAUGCACUUUAUGAAAUAGCAAUGGCAUGGAACUUAGUCAAGCCGGUUACCAUUAGCAGAGCUUGGAAACAGAUUCUGCCUUCCAUAGAGGAAAAGGAAGGCUCGGACUUGGAUGAAGAAGAUAUUUCUGGGGCUACCGUGGCCACCAUUUUACAGCAUACCAAAGGCCUGGAAAAUGUGACGCCUGAAAACAUAGAAAAGUGGCUUGAUAUUGACAGUACUGAGCCAGGUUAUGAAGUACUAACCGACAGUGAAAUCAUCAGAAGGGCCCAAGGCCAGACGGACGAAGGCAGUGAGAACGACGAGGAAAGAAUUGAGCUGAUCCCAGAGAAACAGAUAAAUCAUACAGCUGCUCUCCAAUGGACUGAGAAUUUAUUAGAUUAUCUAGAACAACAAGGUGAUAUGAUUCUACCUGACAGACUGGUAAUUCGUAAGCUUAGAGCCACCAUCAGAAAUAAACAGAAGAUGACAAACCCAAGUCAAUAGCAGUGUUUGAGUUUUAUCAUUGCUAUGAUAAUUGUGUUUGUGUGACACUCUGUGGCCUAAUUUUCUUAGUGUUCCACACUGUCAAACACAUAAAGAUGUAACUGAAGUGGUUUGAGGAUUAUGUGUCUUACUUAUCCCGUUAUUUGUAAAAACGGAACGAAUUCUAUGUAGAUAUACAUGACACAUACAUUUGUUUCUGUAAAUCGGUGAUGUAAUGGCAUUCCCUACAUUUUCUACCUUUAAAAAAUGAAUACAGUGAGCACUUUCCUAAAUUCUUUUGCUUGAAUUGAGGGCUACAGUAGCAAUCUUGUGUUAACCACCUUAAGUGGUUAUCUGAUUUUUGUAUUUGCAUUGGCUGAGAAUUAAAGGACUGGUUUCAGGAUGACAUAACAAUGAAGUUCAAUAAUGAUAGUGGAAAUAGUCUAUGAAUUAUAAAAAUAACUUAGAACCAUAUUUCUGUGUUCUUGCUUUUUUGUGGGUAGAAAACAUAAUUCUGGAAGUAGUUAUUGAAUGAGAAACUGGAAAGCUGACUUAUGAGAGGUAUUUUUAUCUGCUCAUUUGGAGGAAACUGGCUGUUAAAAAUUUGGGAAACAGGUUUAUUUAUACAAAGAAAAAGGAUUUUUUUUUUGGGUUGGAUAACAAUAUAGAAUUAUUUAUUUAACUAAUUUUUCCAAAAGUGUUUUUAAUUAUUACAUAUAAUAAUAUGAACUCCCACUAAUAUUUGGGAAACUUCUGAAAUUUAAUUCUUUUUUUACUGAAUAUUUAGAAAUAUCUAUAACUUGAAAAUUUUGUCAUACUUGGCUGAUUUAUUUGAUAUGAAAAAAUAAAGUUUUUAUUUUAGAUAAAU